AGCAACCGAAGAUUCGUAAAAUAAAUAUUUUCAAUGCCUCAAAUGCGACAAGAGUUUAUUCUAGGGAACGAGCUGCUCUCUGUCCGCUGUGGGCUUUUCAGGGGGUUUUCCUGUAGGCAGCAGCUACAGUAAAGAGCCUCAACGCUGGGAGCAAUUUGGAAGAAUCACUCUAUCCCACAUUGGCAAAAUAACAGUGAGUAGCUUGGAAUUGCUAGUGCAAAAUAGUGUCGUUCGCAACUUAAGACAUACAAGACCAGGAAUGUCGUUUGAGGGGUGGAGCAGCGGUUUAUUUACCAAUACAUACGGCGCGUGAAAAUUAGCAAAGAAUUGCGAUGUUCGUAUGUUGACUUUUAUUAUUGCCUUUGCAAUAGUUGCCAGUGUUUGGACAACGGCACGGUCCGUUAACCUUUAGGGAAGCCAACUUUAGCUAACUUUAAUGUUAACAAGCUAAAAAGCUGGCUUAAUUUCAAGCAAUAACGUUUUAUAUUUUUCUACAAUAUCGGAAUGGAUUUUGUUACCAUUCGCUUGCUGAAUGUCAGGACUAACGUCAACGUUCAUGGAGAUCAUUGCUAGCGCUAGCUAGCUAACUUGUUAGCUACAUAUUAGCAUGUUGGCAACGUACCGUAUAGCUACUAGUAACGCCAGUUUGCUCAAAUAAUCAGUUAAUCUGGCUACUGAAUAUAUUGGAGAUUGUGAAAAGUCAAGGUAACUUAACUGGUAGAAGCCAUGCGAGGUCGAAAACACUAUGGUGUAACCUGAUUGGGCAAUGCAUGGGAAUAUUGUAACAUUUGAUCUGAAAUAUUUAGCAAAAAUGAUAGCUAAUCAAAAUAGAAAUGCCCAUAAACGGAAAAUUAGUUUCAACAGGGAAUGGAUGUUGGAUAGCUAGCCAGGGCAUCGGCAUAGUGAAGUUGGCAGAACCUGGUCAAGCAAGGUGUGGGGGACUUCUUUGACGUGAUUACGUUUGUGUGUCAAACGUUUCUGUUUUGUUCUUCAAUAAGCCUCCGGAAUGGCAUUUAAUAUUUGGAACUAUGUCUAAAGCAGCGACAAAAGAGAAGAAAUCUUUUAGCAAGAAGCUCUUCCGCAGGGGCUCAGUUCGCUCCGUGGGGAGUUUUAUGAGCAGGGUCCUUCGGACUCUCUCAACACUAUCUCAUUUUGGCACAGAGGAGCAUACUACAGAAGAUGAGAAAGACGAUGGAGGUUUCACCUCUUUUAAGAUGGGAGGAUCUGUUCCUUCGGACGAUAGCGACUGUGGAAGUUUUCUAUUUGGAGACAAGGUUCCCGGGGUGUCCGGUCUCAAGAACCACGGCAACACUUGUUUUAUGAACGCAAUUCUGCAGUGUUUGAGCAACACAGAGCUGUUUGCAGAGUAUCUGGCAUUGGAGCAGUACCGCGAGGACGAUGGCAACGAAAAACCCAAGUCAAACGGUGUGCUUUUGCAAAGGAAGGGCCAGCAGGCUAAAGGAGAGGUCACGGAGCAACUAUCUGGUCUGGUUCGAGCCUUGUGGACCUUUGAAUACACUCCGCAGCACAGUCGGGAAUUUAAGAACGUGGUGUCGAAGAGCGCCCUCCAGUUUAAGGGCAAUGCCCAGCACGACGCCCAGGAGUUCCUCCUCUGGCUUCUGGACCGUGUGCACGAGGACCUGAAUAACAUCAUCCACCCCAACAGCAGGUCGUCUAUAAAGCCCCCGCUGGAGGAAGAGGACUCGGCCUCAGAAGGACCCUCUCUCCCUGUGGCCGGCUCCUUUGUGCAGGAGCUCUUCCAGGCCCAGUACAGGUCUUCACUCACCUGUCCGCAUUGCCAGAAGCAGAGCAACACCUUCGACCCCUUCCUCUGCAUCUCCCUGCCCAUCCCCUUGCCUCACACAAGGCCUCUGUACGUCACUGUGGUUUACCAGGGGAAGUGCUCUCACUGCAUGAGGAUCGGCGUGGCAGUGCCCCUGACCAGCACUGUGUCCCGGCUGAGAGAGGCCGUGUCGCUGGAGACCAAGAUUCCCACCGACCAGAUUGUUCUGACUGAAAUGUAUUACGAUGGCUUUCACCGUUCCUUCUGUGAUGAUGAUGACGAUCUCGAAAUUAUUCAAGAAAGCGACUCCAUCUUUGCCUUUGAAACACCAGAGAUAUUCAGACCAGAGAACAUUCGCUCUCAGAGAGGAAGCCUCCAUGCCAAUUUAAACCAGAAUAACCUGAAAUACGGGACAGAGCACAACAGAACGUCUUCCUACCUGCAAGGAGCUGUGAAGCCGGUGUUGACAACUAAUAAGAACGCAGGAGGGGACAAGAUCAUUCUGCUUGUGUGCAACAGAGCCUGCUCUGGCCACCAGAGCAGAAGGUUUGGCCACCCAUUUGUGCUGUAUCUGGAGCGCACCGUGACCUGGGAUGUUCUCCAGAAAGAGAUCCUGGAGAAAAUGCGACACCUGUUGAGGCCGGGAGCCUACGUACAGACCGGGCUGAAGCCUAGGCAGGGAGUGACUGAGGACCUUGGUCUUCUGCAGGUUGGACCCUUCAGCUUGCGUGUGGUGGGAGUUGUUGGAAUCACGUACCUCCUGCCUCGAGAAGAACAGCCCCUGUGCCACGCCUCUGUAGAGAGAGCGUACAAGUCCUGUGGGCCUGGGGGCCCGCCACACGUCAAGAUAGUCGUGGAGUGGGAUAAAGAGACCAAGGAUUAUCUGUUUGGACACACUGAGGAUGAGUACAUCCCGGAUGCUGAGAGUGUGCGUCUGCAGAGAGAGCUGCACCAUCAGCCCCAGACCUGCACCCUCGCUCAGUGCUUCCACCUCUAUACCAAAGAGGAGCAGCUGGCCCCUGAUGACGCAUGGCGCUGUCCGCACUGCAAGCAGCUGCAGCAAGGCAGCAUCAAGCUCAGCCUCUGGACCCUGCCCGACAUCCUCAUACUCCACCUCAAGAGGUUCCGACAGGAAGGGGACCGGAGGAUGAAGAUGCAGAACAUGGUCAAGUUCCCCUUGGUGGGCAUGGACAUGGCGCCCCACAUGGUGAAGAGGAGCCAGAGCAGCUGGAGCCUGCCCUCCCACUGGUCCCCAUGGAGACGACCCUACGGGAUGGGCCGCGACCCAGAGGACUACCUGUACGACCUGUACGCUGUGUGCAACCACCACGGGACAAUGCAAGGGGGACAUUACACAGCCUACUGUAAGAACUCCAUUGAUGGGCAGUGGUACUGCUUUGAUGACAGCGAUGUGCAGCCUAUAUCUGAUGAUGAUGUUUGCAAGCAGACUGCCUACAUCCUAUUUUACCAAAGGAGAGCCACCAUCCCCUCUUGGUCAGCCAACAGUUCUGUUGCUGGUUCCACCAGCUCCUCCUUGUGUGAGCACUGGGUCAACAGGCUGUCGGGCAGCAAGCAGCCCAGCGUGGCCUCCGCCGCCUCCUCCCGCCGCACCUCCCUCGCCUCGCUGUCGGAGUCGGUGGAGUUCACCGGGGAGCGCAGCGAGGACGACGGAGGCUUCUCCACGCGGCCCUUCGUGCGGAGCGUUCAGCGGCAGAGUCCGUCCUCCAGGUCGUCCAUCGCCAGCCCUCUGGCGGUGAGCGAGAACGGGGCGAAGCCCUCCUGGUCCCUCAGUGCCAAGCUUCAGAUGAGGUCCAACUCACCCUCGCGCUUCUCGCUGGACUCCCACUCCUCCGGCACUCUGGAGAGGAUAGGUGAGGCGGCCGACGACAAGGUCUCCACGUCCUGCUUCGGCGGCUACAGCAAGGCAGGCAGCAAGGCCCCCCUGGCGGUGAUGGAGGGUGUAACCAGCGACGACGGGAGCAGCAGGAGGUCCCUGGAGGAGCCGUACUGCAAGGCUUCGCCUCAAGCGGAUAAGAGGGGCUCGAAGGCGGAGCCGGUCGACAACAACAACCAGGCGCUGCCUGCGGAGCACAAGGAGCCCAAGCACCGAGUAAGCGCGGGCGGGGCGGCACCCAAGGCUGAGAGCUCGGGGCCCAAGAGGAGCUCAUCCACCAGGACGACGCCGGACCCCGAAAAAAGCUCCAAGAAGCGGCAGGCCUCCGUCACAAGCCACUCCUCUCCUGCCUCCCAGGCGUCGGCCAGCCCCCAGGCCAAGAGCUCGGCCAAGGCGUCCACCUCCAAGGACAAGAGCGACACGGGCAAGGCUAGCAAGAGUGACGUCGCCAAGGCUAGCAAGAGUGACGCCGCCAAGGCGGUCAAGAGUGAUGUCACCAAGGCAGGAAAGAGUGAGGUCGCCAAGGCCAGCAAGGGCUCGUCGACCGGGACGCCCAGGAAGGAGCCGGUCCAGGGCCAGGACGCUGCGCUCCCGCAGAAGCAGCGCAUCUCCUCCGCGGCACAGAGCACCUCCUCUCCCCUGCCCUCGCCCGCCCGCAGGAAGCCCUCAUCGGCGUCGGAGAGGACCUCCGCCUCCAGCAAGAGCAAGCCGGCAGAACGGGGCUCCGGCCGGGACUCCUCCCGCCCCAGCACCAGCCCCCUUGCCGAAAAGCCGGGCUCCUCCUCCUCCUCCAGGCCCGCCGGCGCGCCCCGCUCCUCCCUGCCCCGCCCCGAGGGCCGGACGGUGAGGAGCUCCAGCAGCAGCUCCUCCGUCACCAGCCUGCGCUCCCCCAGCGUCUCCGCCAAGGACCUCCGCCGGAGCAGCAAGUCCGAGGACAAGGGCCUGUCCUUCUUCAAGUCAGCGCUGCGCCAGAAAGAGACCCGCCGCUCGGCCGAUUUCGGCAAGGCCACCAUCCUGACCAAGAAGACGUCGGAGGGGACCGCCCGCUCGGGCACCGAGACUAAAAACGGAGCCGAGGGGGCAGGUAAGACGGCUCGGCUGGCGACUCCGGAAUCCAAGGCCGGAAAGGCCUCCGUUAAAGAGGAGUCUAAGACCUCGACGCCUGUAAAACGCUCUCUCUUAUCUCCCGGCAAGUCAAAGUCUUCCGUGGUUGAGACGGGUGCUCAGCCUCCUGCUAACGGGAAAAAGCCACUUGACAAGACGGUGUCCUCCAGAAAGCUUUCUUCCAGCAUGCAAUCGUCUGCACGACCAACACAUAAGCCUCAGUGAUAUAUAAAUACUGUUUAUUUCUGUAAUGCAGCUUUUUUUGAUGUGCCUAAUAUAUAUAUAUAUAUAUAUAUAUAUAUAUAUAUAUAUUUUCCUUUCCUAAAGACAUAAACAUAUUGUAAAUUAUUAAAGCGCCUUUCUGUCCUGCCAUUGAACCAAAUAAUUGCCAUUGGCAAGAUCUGGUACAAGAGUCUACUGCUGUACACUAAACGGACUAGUUACCUAGGAAUGUGUUUUAACACAACACUGUAUAUAUUGAUUUUUAUGCUGAAAAAUUAUUAUAUAUAGGCUAAUAGACUACACUUUGACUACAAGGUUAUUUCAACUUCCUGUUACUGUAGCAUGCGUAAAAGUUUUUUUCAGCAGAUUUCUAAGAAAUAUUUACUCAACAAGGGAUUUAAAAUGGAUUGAUGGUUUAUCAUCAUUCCAGGAUAUAUUUUAAGGAGUGAUCAAACAAGCAAGUUACUGUACUUAGUACUAAGUGCUGCUUAAAGGGCAAUAUUUCACAGUUUUGUGAGGUUGGCUUUUGUUUUUGCUCCUCCGAUUGAUGGUUAAAUGGCAGUUAAACCAGGUUCAUUCAAAAAUAUUGAGCCUGUAAAAACACUACAAUAAUCUCGAACUGUCAAAAUUGGAUAAGGUUUAGUGUGAAAUAAUUGUUGAUUUAACAACCAUCAAUUCUUGCAUACCUGCUUUCUAAAUCAGACCAAUUAUUUAAACAAGACUACAUUGAUAUCAUACCCUGUACCCCUUUUUGCCAUUGGACAUGUAUUUAAGGAAACGCAUAAAAUAUGAAUAAUGAACAUUUAUGUAACACAUAAAUGCACUGUGUUAUGUUGCAUCUGCCCAGUACUGUGCAGAGCAGCGGAUGUAUGCCUUUCAAUAGGUGUUCCAUAGGAUUCAUAAACUACAUUUAAUAUGAAUUUGAAUUGAACCAAUAGUGUAAAUGACAUGCCACACCAGGUAAGGCAGUUACCUGGAAGGUCUAUUGCAAAACCGUGUCUCAGUUUUUCACUUUCCGUUCAGUUGAUAUCGUUGCGUAUGCGAUUCUGCUGUGUUAACGACAGACAGACAAUCUUGCACCUUGCUCAAAGUCUAUAGUCGUGUGCAGUUUUGAUUAUGUAUUAUUUGUCCCUCUGGUAGAGAUCAGAUACUAAUGUUCUAUCCUGAAUUUUGUUUUGCAAUGACCCCAUCUCAGAAUCAGGUGGGUAACCUUUCCUUUAUUUUCUGACAGUGUUUAUGCGUCUGUAUACAGUAUAUACAUAUAUAUGCAGUGCAUGCGAUGCUUGUUGCUGCUACUGCUGAUGAUGAUGUCAUUAAAGAUGGCAGCUCGGCAAGGAAUGUUGGUUUAUGUGGGAGAAAGCCGCCUUGUCUGUCCUCCUGACCGGCGGCUUUGGGGGUGGGUCCACUUUGUAAGUCCCGGCUUGUGGAGCUGCUUUGGCUGACGCACUUUUGGACAAACGAGCUGGAGAGGGCCUCGAGUGAUGCUUCUGAGCCUCUCCGCCGAGCAGCGGGACAAGAUGACCCCUCGCUGGAAAAGUUUGAGAAGAGGGCAAUCACGAAGGAGCCACCUCCAGCUCGGUACGACGCCAUCGGCAGCAAAGCGGAAAUAUUUGCUAAGCUGGCGCUGCACUCGCUUCAGUCCCCCCGUCGUUUCAGCCGCGUUUCCUUCUCGCUGUGCGUCUGCUCGUUCACCUGCGGUCCAUGUCUGCCAAGAGUCAUGUGUUUAUGUGUACGAGUGACGAUUUUAAACCUUAACUGCAAUCUAUUGUAGUACUGGGCGGAAGGCAACAGUAUAUUUUGAGCCUGUUGAACAUUGAAAAUGUUGCGUUUUCUAAAGAUUAGCAUAGCAGUGUUCAACAGUAUCGCACGUUUUGUACAAUCUAGAAAUACGUAGUUGUAGGAAGGAGUGUUUCACUUGGCAAUAAGGUUUGCGUUGUGGUUGAUAUCACAUUCAAUUGUUCAAAUAUCACAUACCAUUCAAAGCCUUAUCAUUGUAUUCAGAAAAAUUUAAUGUUUGAUUUGUUUGGGAAAAAGUAUAAUUUAAUAACAGGUGAAAUAUUGCCCUUGACAUUGCAACAGUACUACUCACUCUCCUGUUCAAUGCUGCCUGCCACUGCCAUCACGCACAAAGAGUUCUGCGAAAACAUUAUAUCCAGGGCUUAUGCGUGCCUUUCAUGUCAAAGAAUAGUAUUGCGAGGGAAAACACUGACCCAGGGCUCUACAAUAGUCAUAAAAACCAAGAACUCCCAGAAUGCCACCAGUGGCAAACCCACCAAUAACCUGAGAAAACAGUUUCCAUUUUCCACCAGUGUCCAAUAGUGCCAGUACAAGGCCCUGAGGUCAGGAAAUGAACCAAACAGCACACUGCAUGUCGAGUCUUGUGUCAGAACUUUUGAGACUAGAAGCGCUGCAGUCCCUGCUGAGUAAUGUAUUUUUGAUUAGCAAAGUCCAUCCAGCUCUUUGGUUAUCCUUUUAUUUUUAUGUCAGAAAUUGAAAUGUAAUGGCAAUUUGUGCCCCUCAUUUGGGCUUUUGCGCUUAAACACAGACUGGGCAGCUUGUCAACGCACUGAUUUAUACGCAGAAAAAAAUAAAUGCCAUUUAAACAUUUAUGGGAGCGAUUUUGCAUGAUACUGCUGAUGCAUGCACUUAACUAUGCAAGCAACUAUUGCUAAUGGCUGCAUUGAAUGAUUGGAACUGGGUGAAAUGUAUCGGACCAGUACAUACAUAAUUUACUGUAUUUUUCCAAAUACCAGCAACAGAGAGCAUGAAUACUCAUCUUUUAAUGGUUUAUUUGCACACAGUUAAAGGUUUAAAUUGCUCUGAGAUUAUCAUGUGGGAAUUGUACGUUGUGCUCAUGUGCUAUUGGACUUGUAACCCAACAUCCUUGAGCCAAUGAACAAUAGGUUCUAUGUUUUAUUUCAUGUUUGACUUUGUUUCAUGUACUGUGUGUUAAUGCUUUUUCAGAGACAGGCUAAUGCCUUCAGGAACAUUUUUUGACAGUUUUACUUAAUGAAAAAAUACUUUUUCACCAUGUUCUUUCCUGGAUAGUUUUUGUGUGAAGUGAGGUGUGAUUUGGCCCCAGAUACAUAAUAAGGCAUUAACCUGUCCCUGACAGAUUGAAUUGGCAACAUUUACUCCAUCUAAAUACCCCUGCCUGCAAAGGACGCUGUAUAGUUCUGAUUUCAACAAUCGUCUUUUUGAUGUCUCGUGUACAUGUAUGCUCUCAUUGGUCAGACUUUGGUCACAUGCUUGACUUCAUUCCAUAUUGUAACUGCUUUCCGAACAUUUCAGUUCAAUCCUGGAUUAAACGGUGAGUGUCUUUUCAAGACCACUUUCAUAAAAUAACAUGGCAUUCAUAGCGUGAAACACAUCCCAACAUUCCACCAUGGUUCUGCCACCACUUUGCACAAGUGCUGAAUGUUUUUAAGAGCAUGUGUGGAUGCUUUUGUAUGUUUUUAUUUUUAUUUUUUUAAGUUUUAGUAAGGGUACUGGUGGCUUUACUUUGUGUACCAGGGAACUUUGGUCAUCUUAAAGUACUGAUGGGAGUUGGUCAUGGUUAGGGUUGCAUUUUUUUGAAGGAAGGGUUUGUGUUUCAGUAAUAUAUCAUAACUUAUGAUCAAUAUUAAAUAACUUUAAAGACAAAUGUUUCCAAGUACUUCCUUCUUGCUCAACACACUGGACUACUGACUAAUAGUUACAGACAGCAUUCCAGGUUACUGUGCACUACAUGUUCUGUUUUAGUGUUUUGUCAGUAUAAAAACAUGUCUUCCAGAAUGUUGUUUUGAAAUGAAAGUUUUCAUUAAAAUAUACUGAGAAUGGUUAAGGACAAAAUGUACAUUUAAUUUAUUUGGAGCAAGUGCAUGAGACUCGAUGCCUUUUUGUUUAUUUAUUUGUAUAUUUUAAUAUUUGAGUAUGCACUUUUAAAAUGCAGAUGUUUCUUUUUAUAUCAUUUUUUUUAUGUUUGAAGAGUGGAAAAAAGAUUAAAUGUAAUAAAAAAAACAAAGUUGA